GUCUAACUGAGGAACCCUGAGGAGUCUCAAAGUUUGUGUCUGGAGCAGUAGUGGAAAGUGGACUUAUUGAGAAGGGCUUUUCUUGGGAUGAGAGCUGAUCUCCUGCCUUCAUUUUGGAUGCACACCCUGCUUUAACUUCCUCAGCCUUCGGUCUGAUCUCUGGACAGCCUGUCUCCUCUGGGGAUUCUCAGCUCUCGGAGGACACCGGACCGGGGCCCUUGGCAGCUCUCUCUCAGGCAGAGGAGCGAACGUUUUCCUUCCUAAGUGCAUAAGCUACACGCACACCCACGCUCACACACACGCACACCCACUCGCGCGGAGGCAGAUCUCGCCCUCCGAGGCGGCCCUGCCGGCUCCCCUCUUGCCCUCAGCAUCCUCGGCCCAGCGCGCCUCGGACCACCAUGGAGGUGCUGGAGAGCGGGGAGCAGAGCGUCCUGCAGUGGGACCGCAAGCUGAGCGAGCUGUCAGAGCCCGGGGAAACCGAGGCUCUCAUGUAUCACACGCACUUCUCAGAGCUUCUGGAUGAGUUUUCCCAGAACGUCUUGGGUCAGCUUCUGAACGACCCUUUCCUCUCGGAGAAGAGUGUGUCCAUGGAGGUGGAGCCCUCCCCAACAUCCCCAGCGCCUCUCAUCCAGGCUGAGCACAGCUACUCUCUGUGUGAGGAGCCUCGGGCCCAGUCGCCAUUCACCCACAUUACCACCAAUGACAGCUUCAAUGACGAUGAAGUGGAGAGUGAGAAAUGGUACCUGUCUACAGACUUUCCAUCAACAACCAUCAAGACAGAGCCGAUUACAGAUGAGCCGCCCUCGGGACUUGUUCCUUCUGUCACUCUGACCAUCACAGCCAUCUCCACCCCUUUUGAAAAGGAGGAACCCCCUCUGGAAAUGAACACUGGGGUUGAUUCCUCGUGCCAGACAGUUAUUCCUAAGAUUAAGCUGGAGCCUCAUGAAGUGGAUCAGUUCCUAAACUUCUCUCCUAAAGAAGGCUCCGUGGACCACCUGCACUUACCGCCCACCCCUCCCAGCAGCCACAGCAGCGACUCGGAGGGCAGCCUGAGCCCCAGCCCACGCCUGCACCCCUUCGGCCUGCCGCAGACCCACAGCCCUGCCAGGGCCCCGGCGCGGGCCACCUCAGCGCUCGCCAGCUCCCCGCUCCUCACCGCACCCCACAAGCUGCAGGGAUCAGGCCCCCUGGUCCUGACAGAGGAGGAGAAGAGGACCCUGAUUGCUGAGGGUUAUCCCAUCCCCACCAAGUUGCCCCUGACAAAAUCGGAGGAGAAGGCCCUAAAGAAAAUCCGGAGGAAAAUCAAGAAUAAGAUUUCUGCUCAAGAAAGUAGGAGAAAGAAGAAAGAAUACAUGGACAGCCUGGAGAAAAAGGUGGAGUCUUGUUCAACUGAGAACCUGGAGCUUCGGAAGAAGGUGGAGGUUCUGGAGAACACCAACAGAACUCUCCUGCAGCAACUGCAGAAGCUUCAGACUUUGGUGAUGGGCAAGGUUUCUCGCACCUGCAAGCUGGCCGGCACGCAGACUGGCACCUGCCUCAUGGUCGUUGUGUUAUGCUUUGCCGUAGCAUUUGGCAGCUUCUUUCAAGGCUGUGGGCCCUACCCUUCUGCCACCAAGAUGGCCCUGCCCAGCCAGCAGUCCCUGCAGGAGCCCUACACGGCCUCUGUCGUGAGAUCCAGGAACCUGCUGAUCUAUGAGGAACAUUCUCCCCUGGAAGAGCCGUCCAGUCCGGCCUCAGCCGGGGAGCUUGGGCGCUGGGACGGAGGCUCCUCCCUGCUCAGGGCCUCGGGGCUGGAGUCCCUGCCUGACGUGGAUCUUCCCCAUUUCAUUAUCUCAAAUGAGAGCAGCCUGGAGAAGUCAGUGCUGUUGGAGCUGCAGCAGCACCUGGUCAGCACCAAGCUGGAGGGGAAUGAAACACUGAAAGUUGUAGAACUCGACAGAAGAGUGAACGCCACCUUCUAAAGAGGCCGUCACCACCUCUCCCUCUUUCUCUUCACUCUACCUUUAUGUCCCCAAACCACCUUUGUCAUAAGUUUUCCCUUUUUGCCACCCAAUCUUGAUGAAGACAUGGAUGAGCAGUCAUGGCUUUGGGUGGGAGGACAGCCUGAGAUUUCCACCUGCGUUGAGAGAGCACCCCCCCCUAGUCCCACGUCCCUCAGUGCAGAAGGGAGCCCCCGUCUCUCCCUCCCUGUCGCUUACUGCCAUAGGAAAGUAUUUGAGGGUCAGGGGUGGGACAGCAGGCAUGUUUCUACCGACAGUGCCAAAAAGAUCCUGCCUGAUUCUCAGCUGUGGUAUGUCCCCCUCUUUGAAGAAGAGCUGACUCUUGUUCAUUCAAGACCCCAGACUCUGGCCACAGAAGUACCAGGGUGCCUGCUGGAAUCUGGCAAAGCCCUGACUGACACCCUGCCUUCCUCAGCCUGGGUCUCCGGUGCCUCUGCCCCCAUCAGCCCUGGAAGUGCUGGGGCCUCCUGCGAGCAUCACCCCCGACUCUGACCCCGACCGUCCUCCCGGCACUGGAGCGAGGUGUCCCCGUCGUAUUCUCAGGCCGCAAGUGCAAUGCCUGAAGGAAUCAGGCUUUUCUACUCCAGGCAAACCUGCCCCCUCUUGUUGCUUGUAGGAUUUCUCUGUAAUCGGUGUCCCCACACGCCCCUAGUUCUGCCUCCCUGGCUUCUCCUCCCCAUUUGUAAAUAGUAUUUAUUAGCUCGCUGAGGCUUCCCGCUGGCAACCACACUGAAGAGAUCCGGCGCCUCCUUCCAAGCUAGCAAGGUCUUCUGUUGGCCCUCGGAGCUCUGGGGGCCCCAGUCCUUCCAGGCCAUGCUUUAGUUCCUUUUCUUCUUUUUCUACUGGAGGCCUAUAAUUAUAGUUGGGAAAUCUCCCUAAACAGGGGUCCUCCUAUAGAAUGAACUCAGAGGGAAGGGUGGAACAGGGCCUGGCUCAGGUCUGGGCUCCAUGGACAGAUGCUUUUUCUGUCCUGUGCCCAUAACUGGGAAGGGAAGCCCUGCCCCUGACAGCAGGCGUUUGGGACAACUGUGCUAGCUUGUCUUUCCCCACCUCCCCGACACUUCUGCUUUUCUCUCCUCUUCUGCCUCAACACGGAGGGUGGGCUUGAGGCCUGUUCUUGGGGACAGAGGCGGUGACAUUUGUGUAUCCACCGUCUUACCUUUUAUAGUCAGGCCUGGCUACUUUGCAGCUCACCCAAAGAGAAACAACCUAAUCCCCCAACCUACUUUUUUUUUAAUGAUUAAAAGUAACUUUUGUAGUUUAAAAAAAACUUUCCUCUUUCAUACAAAUAAGAAAUGGAAAUUGACUUUUUAUUGUGUAAUGUUAGGAGACAGCUAGCUUGUAAAAGAUUUUGUGUAAGAAAUUUGCUUACAUUUUAUUCUAUUUUUAGUAGUAGCUGAACCACCUUUAGCUUUAACUCUCUCUCUCUCUGUUUCUAUUUCUCAUCUACGUUGUCAGAAGAGCCUGUACUUAGAAGGGUUAAGCCACACCUGGGCCUCCUGUUCCAUAUCAGAUACAGGAUUUGGUGUCAUUAACGUUGGCCAUCAUACCUCAUAAGCAGAUCCAGUACCUCUGGGGCUCACUGGCAUUGAUUCCUCUCUCUCCCUACUGUGAUGGAGAGAGUUCCAGCUGGGAGGUGGCCAAGUUCAUCUCGGCACUGUGUAAAGCUGGAUCAGGACUGCAGUGGUGCUGGCAGCCCUCGUGGUCCUCUGCACGCCUCUUACUGUCCCUUACAGCUGGAGAGGCUGAGCCUGGCUGGGCUGUGUGGGCAGAAGGUUGCAAGCAUGCCCCCUGCUCUGUUUCUCUCUACUUUCGCCUUCCUUCUAUUCUGCCCUAGAUCCUCCUGGGCCCUGGCUGGUACCUGCUAACUAACCAUGGGCCACUACUGACCAAUCCGUCUCUUUAAAAUGUCAUGUAAUUAUCAGGCACAGGCAGUGUGCUGGUGGAGGGGGGCGCAUGGCCAAGAAGGUGAGAAGAUAGAAUUAACUCAAGUAGUAUUUGGAUGAUGAGAAAGGAAAGCUAGGAAAGCUUUUGUAAGUCAGUGAGAACAGGUCAGCCUACUCGCCUGAUGCACUGGAAUUAGAUGGGUUUUUAAGGCUCCUGGAUUAGCCUGAGUGGAAAAACCUCAUCUUCUGAAUGAGGAGGGAGAAGAAAACGGGCAGUGAACUCCUAGCGCCUGUUCUCGUGCCUUGAGGAUUUUAUUUGCUUGCCUACCUACACUUGCUUGACAUCACUCUCUCCAGCCCUCCAAACAGCAGGGAUUGAUCUCUGGGAAACCAUCCUUCCAGAACUGAAUCUGUGUCCAGAGACAUGAGACAUCAGCCUGAGAACUCAAGUGGCCACUGGAAGGGGUUCCAAGAACCAGCGUUGCUGCAACUUUGAGAAAGACCUCCACCCUCCACUUCUUGCCCGGGCAAGUAAGCGGGAACUAAACAGUCAUCUGGCUCUUUAGGAGGGCGUAAUGGAGUCAAGAGGAUGCAGAAGAGCGGAUGAUCCCAGGUUGAUUGCAAAUAGUUCCUGGGUGUGGGCACAUUUUCUGUCCCAGGGCUGAGCCCACAAUGUCAGUGGAUUUGUUUCCCCCGCAGAGCCGAUUCAUAGACAAGUCAGUAAUACGUGGUUAGCGCUGAAGAUUUCAAGUAGCGGCAGGCGUUGGCUUCCGAACUUCAGUUUUGGAAAAUAUGAGACUGUUAGUACAACCAUCAAUCAUAAAGAAUCAUGUUAAUUAUAAAUAUAUUAAUAUAUUUAUCAUCAUGUCAACAAGUUUUCCUCUUUCCUCUUUGAUUAGCCUAGUGGAGGAGACGUCUUGCAAAAGUUCAGAGAACACAUACUUUUUUUACUGGAUGAGGCCUGUGUAACCCAGGCCCCCCAGCACGGUUCUUUUCACAGCUCUAGACUUUGCACUUGGAAAGGGAUACUGUAAAUGAAAGGCCUCAGUGCCAGAUUUAAGAAAGAGUUUCUGUGAAGUGUUAGGACUCUGGAGCCUCGCUCACAUAAAGGGAGUGUUACAUAAAAAUCUGACAGCUGAACUAGUUGCUCCUUUUGGGCAGGAGGUGGGGGUGAGGUGUGACACCAGUGCGGGAAACUUAGAUAACCUUUUUGUUAAUAUAAAUGCUUUUGAUUUGGAGACCUAAUUUGUAGGUUGUGAAAGCAGCUUUUAGUUCAGCUUAUUUACAAACCAACUGUAAAUACCAUGUUUUUUUCUCCCUAGAUCUCUCAGUUUAGCCUGAGUGCCGAGUGAGGGCUGUGAAUCUCAGGUGCCCUUGGAGCAGGAGUGUUGAAUUGGUUCAUCUUUAUUCUGGCAGUGAGUCACUGUUCAGAAUUUUUGUCACAAGUGUUUUAUUAAAUUUUUCGGCACUUGGUGGCUCCUUCCUCCUAUGUCCUCACACCAAGUAAAAGACAAGGAUCAGAGCCCCCCCACCCCACCCCGGGCCAGCUCCUCCGAACAUACAUGUCACGUGAGCAUGGUGCACACACGGAGACCUCCCGCUCCCAGUAAAAGAGGUGGAGCGUCCGUGCAGCCUGGCUAACUGGGGGUUGGGGGCAGAGGAGAAGGCUUUCCGCCCCACCUUGUCUGCCAAGUGCCCUUGUCACUAUUCGGUUCCCUUAAAUCCAGUCUUUAAGAGCCUUUAUUAGAGACACCAGCUCUCCUGCUUGCAGUGCUGGCCAGACCUGUGAGACAAACCAGUAGAAGGUAGUACACUGGUCAGAGUCCUUUUCUUUGAAUGCUUUUCAGUUGAGACAGAAGACAUGUGAUUGGAUAAGCCACUCUGGGAGGGUAGUUUUAGGAGAGAGUCAGGGGCUGUAAAAUGGGGGCUGUGAAGCAGCCAGAGACAGAUUUCAGAUGUUUCAUUCAUUCAUUCAUUCAUUUGAGUCACUAAGUCAGUCUUUCACUCCUGAGGAAGAGUAUUGCAGGAGGCCUUGGAAUAUUGGGGAAUAAGGGGGCUGAGGACAUUUCAUUCAUCAAUAGCUGUUCAAAAGACCCACGUGCCAGCUCGCUCUCUAGUGCAUGUGCGUGCAUGCGCACACAUACACACACAUUCCUCUGUCGUCUUGGACACUCUGUGCCUUACAUGUGCCUUGUAUUUGAAUCCAGGAUGACUGAGCACUGCCUCAUCACUGGGAGAUUUCAUAUACAUCCUUGUAGUACUAGAUCCAAGUGGGUGGAUGUGGGAGAAGGAACUUUUUCCAAAGGCUUGAAAAUAGUUUCCUAAAAGUGAGCCAUGAUCAUAUUUGCCCAUCAGAGAAAAAGAAACAGAGUUACAUCCAUUAGAAAAAUCCCAUUUUGUAGAGGUUCAAUCUCAUCCAAAAAUGGCCAGCUGGGAUUAAAAGUAUUAGAAAUCCUCAUAGCAGAACAUUUUCUCAGUGCAGAGGAACCUGGUGCAUUUCAGGAUUAAUGCUCCAUGUCUCCCGGGCCAAAGGAUCCACAGUUCCCUCAGGAAAGACAGCAGUGUUCAUUUUGUCAUUUUCAGCAACAGAAAACUUGGAAACGCUUUAUUUUUUGUCUUGAUUACUAGAAGGCAGGGAAAUGUUUCCUGAGCACCUACUAAGUGCUGGGUGCUGUGCGAAAUAAGUUUUAGGUCUUUUAAUUUUAUAGGAAGAGGAAACGAGGGUAACUAAUUACUAUGAGACAGGUAAACAGCUAUGUGUUGUGGGAAGUGCAACCAUUUGUGGAUUAGGUUGAGCAGAUUUCUUUCUGUGUGAACACGCUGUAAACUUUUAAAGUUCUCUGGGCAGAGAACGCAGCGUGUGCUCCCUGGGCUGGCCCUGCUGUGUGCAGAGUUCAAGUCUUUGCCUCAUGUGGCGAUGUCCACCAGACGUGCAUCUGCUGGCCGGUUCGUCCAACCCACUGUGAGUUCCAGUCAGCAGACUUUGCAUCCUGGAAAAGCAAAAGGAGCGGUUUUGGCCCUGUUUUUCUGCACCUCUCCCUUGCUCACUAGCUGGCUGAGAACAUGAACUUUUUGACCAUGGACACGUGGCUUACACUGUUUAGUAAAUCUCCCUCUCAGAUGAAACACUUCGUGAGUCUCCGGAAAACGCCAGCACUCUUUGACAAGUUGUGAGUGACCCUUUUUAAACAAUGCCGAGCAGGCUCUGGACUCUAAUCCACCGUGAGCUUUAAUGUCUAUGUUGACAGGCUGGGCUUUCCUCUCUUUGGCAACAGGUUGUAUGGAUCAGCAGUGUUUAAGUCUGAAUGCAUUGUGAGUCUAUUAGCUGUCGUAUCAUGCUGGGUUUUUUUUUAUGGCUUUUUAUUCUCUAUCAUAGCUAAAUAAAUACCAAAAAAAUAAGUAAAUGCUUUGUAGGAUACUUGUAGUUAGUUUGGGGGAAAAAAUGAAUUGAAAUUGUUAUGCUUUUGUAUUUCCAUUUCUUGCAAAUAAAAAUAUUUUUCUUAAAUAUUAA